GCAAAAUGAAGAUAAUGAAGAAUUUUUGCCAACUGGAGAAACCUCUAUAGACUCCUACCCAAACUGGUUAAAAUUCCACAUUGGCAUUAAUCGGUACGAGUUGUAUUCCAGACAUAAUCCUGCAAUUGAGGCUUUACUACAAGACCUGGUCUCCCAAAAGAUAACCAGUGUUGCGAUGAAAUCAGGAGGAACCCAGCUGAAGCUGAUCAUGACCUUCCAGAACUAUGGACAAGCAUUGUUCAAACCAAUGAAACAAACCAGAGAACAAGAAACCCCGCCUGACUUUUUUUAUUUCUCAGAUUAUGAAAGACAUAAUGCAGAAAUAGCAGCGUUUCAUUUGGACAGGAUCCUGGAUUUCCGUCGUGUGCCACCAGUUGCAGGUAGACUGGUUAACAUGACAAGGGAAAUACGAGAUGUUACUCGUGACAAGAAACUGUGGAGAACGUUUUUCAUCUCACCAGCCAACAACAUCUGCUUCUACGGGGAAUGCUCCUACUACUGCUCAACAGAGCACGCCCUGUGUGGAAAACCAGAUCAGAUCGAAGGGUCUCUGGCUGCUUUCCUACCCGAUUUGUCUUUAGCUAAAAGGAAAACCUGGAGAAACCCUUGGAGACGUUCCUACCACAAGCGCAAGAAAGCAGAAUGGGAAGUUGAUCCAGAUUAUUGUGAAGAGGUUAAACAAACACCCCCUUAUGACAGUGGGACCAGAAUUCUGGAUAUAAUGGAUAUGACAGUUUUUGAUUUCCUAAUGGGUAACAUGGAUCGACAUCACUACGAAACCUUUGAGAAGUUUGGAAAUGAAACAUUUAUUAUCCACUUGGAUAAUGGAAGAGGGUUUGGAAAAUAUUCCCAUGAUGAACUUUCCAUAUUGGUGCCUUUAAACCAGUGCUGCAGAAUAAGGAAGUCUACCUAUCUGCGAUUACAGUUGUUAGCCAAGGAGGAAUACAAACUCAGUCUCUUGAUGAAGGAAUCUUUACUAAAAGAUAAAAUAGCUCCCAUUCUCUACCAGCCUCACUUGGAGGCGAUGGACAGGCGGCUGCGGAUUGUCCUCAAGGCUGUUAGUGACUGUAUAGAAAAGGAUGGUUAUGACAAUGUGGUUGAAAAUGACUUUAACACUGAUGUUAACACUGUUACAACCGAGAGGUAGUGAAAUCGCAAGACUACGUUUUUACCAGCCAAGUAAAGAAGAUUCAAAGAGAAAAAAGAAAAAAA